GUGCCCGCACCAAAGUUUCGUCUGUCAGUAGGGUCAGUAUUUAUCCGGCUGCAGGUUCUUCAAUCUACUUAUCCGCCAAUUAUUACAGAGAUGGGUCGUGGCGUGCUCGUGGCGAUCGAUUUUGAUCACACCAUCUGCGAGGACAACACCGACGUGGUAGUGCAAAACUUGCUGACGGAAGCAAUACCCGAGAAUGUGCAGAAUCUACGGAAAUCCGACGGCUGGUUGCCCUACAUGAACAAGAUCUUUGAGCUCCUGCACGACAACUCCGUGAACGCGAGUCAAAUCGAGGACAUUAUUGUCAGUAUACCCGCGGUUGCGGGGAUGACGGAGCUUCUCACUUCCCUGCACGCCAACGGUCACGAGAUCAUCAUUAUCAGCGACUCCAACAGCCUAUUCAUAGACUACUGGCUCAGGAACAGACAGCUGAAACACGUGGUGUCACGGGUCUUCACAAACCUGGGCCGAUACGACGACGAUGGCAGGCUGAGGGUGGACGCGUAUCACACGCAGCACUCGUGUAAGAUGAGCUCCGUCAAUCUCUGCAAGGGCCAGAUCCUGAUGGACUAUAUUCAGGAUAAACGCAAGGAAAGCAAGAGCUACGAGAGACGUGUCUACAUCGGCGACGGGUAUAACGAUCUCUGUCCGAUUUUGCGUCUCUCUCAAGUCGAUUUGGCAUGUCCGCGUAAGGAUUAUCCGCUCGCCACCCAGCUCAACAACUCGUCUACCUCCAGGUCGGUGAAGGCGAAAAUUAUACCGUGGGAGAACGGUACGGAUCUACGACGCACGUUGCAACAGAUCAUAGAGCUUUGUUAGCGCGAUCCAAUCAUUAGAUUUAUCGUUGGUCAACUGAAAUCGACUAACUGCAAUGUAUUCGCUCUUUUCAUUUUGUAUUUGUCUAUUUGCUGUCCACGCCUUGCGUUUUGAAUAUAUAUCAUAUAAAUAACACGUUCUUUUUGUUUACUGUAUGGUGUAUUAUGAGAAUGUUCGUUUUUAACUACUACUACGUAGGGUGUACGCAUUACAUCAAAUUAUUAUAAUCCAGAGAUAAUAUUCUGCUACAGUACAAUGAUAACAAUAAUGACGUUCAUAUCGCUUCGUCCAGUUAAAAGUGUAAUAUUGCUGAUUACUGGAAUAUACGUAGAUACUCACAGGGUAAGUAUCUCGGAACUAAAUGUACGAGGUACAAGCGAAAAGAGGAUAAUUCUCGCUUGCAUCGCUGUUAAUGCUGAGGCACGCACGCACGCGCAUACAUACGUAUACAUAUAUAAAACCAAGUAAGUUGUAAACUGUUUUUAAAAUAAAUCUGCCUCGCUGAAUUAAUUUAAUUAGAUUAUUCUAAAUCCUGAUACUUAAAAUGCGCCAGCGACAUUUAAAGCUGUCGGCAAGUUUUUAAUUAAUUUUACUAAAUUUCGUUUACCAAACUGUAUCAAACUUGAUAAUGAUUUAUUUAAAGAUGUAUCGAGAUUCCCUGUUAAAAGAGAUCGGCACGAGGAACGCCUUGCGCGAGUUCGAAACGGAAUAUCAGAAACGCGCACGGUCGUGCGGGUGCGAGGUGCGAUACGCGUUAAAACGUCAACUUGUCGAUAUGUGCACGUAUGUAAGUUGCGCGCGCAUUGUUAAGCGCGCUGACGAGGAGCGAGCCGAGCGCCGAGCGCCGAGCCUGCCGAGCGAGGAGGUUAAGUUGGGCUCGUGACGUGCGCACAGCGCACAGUACUUGCGCCUCUGAUGUUAAUUGUUGUGUUAUAUUACAUUAAACCCGUUACUGCGUUACUGGUCGCUAUCGCGAGCUGCGACGGGAAUCGGAGGAAUCCGUUCGCGUGACCGAUGCACUCGCUUCCGUGACGGUGCGAAACGCGAAACCCAGGGAGCAUCCGCGGCCGCGGCGCGAUAUCUCGGACCCUUCCGACGGUCGUCCACAGCGUCCACUGCGUCCACUGCGUCCAGUCUGCAUAGCGAAUAAGCGACCGAAAUUCUACUUGCGAUAAGUGAUUAGUGCACAGUAAGCGAACGUCUUAACACGUCUCUAUCAAUGCGUACCCUUAGUCCUUACAAAUUAAGUCACGUCGCAUAUGGGCACUUUCGCGACAAUUUUUAUUGUAACAAGCGUCUGCAAAUAUUUGCGCUGAAAACGCGCUUCUAGAGUAAAAUGUGAUUACCUACCCGA